GUCUGGGUUAAUUGCUCGAAGCGACCCGUCGAGAAAAUCUGUUGGAUUCUUUCGAUCAUUAAUUUUCCCAGUUAAGCCAACAAUAUCCUUGAAUACAGAAAAUAUAUACAUUACGUCACAAAAUAAAUAAGCUAAGUUUAUUAUUUAUCAGAAAAAUGGAUGAAAUCGGAGAACACGAACAAAUGGAUAUCAUUCGAUACGUUCCAGAACAUCAAUGGAUCAAAGAUGUUUUUCAAGACGUAAUUGGAAUGUCUGCCACUAAACAGAGUCUCGUUGGAGGAGUUACAGGCUGGUGUACGGGAAUGCUGAUUUCAAAAGCUGGCAAAAUUGCUGCAGCAACUAUGGGGACUACAAUCUUGCUUUUACAAGUUGCUCAUCACCAGGAUUAUGUAAAAUUCAACUGGAAUAAAAUUGAAGACAGCAUUCAGAAGGCUGGUCGAUCUAUUAUGAAAGAAACCAAGAAAACUUGCCCUAGCUUUGUAUCGACAACCGAAGCCCUUUUCAAAAAUAAUAUUGUAUUUGCGUCGAUGUUUGCUGGUGGUUUUCUAAUGGGCUUUUCGUUUUGAUUUGAACUAAACUGACUUCUUUCUUCGUGUUCGUAAAUCUCUGCAUCUGAUGCAUGCAUCCUUUUUCUUUUAUGAUGCAUAACAAUUCACACACAUACAAAUAUAUUUACAUGCGUUUACCAUAUAAAUACAUUGAACAGUCACGACAUUAUGCGUAUAUUUUAUUUAUUGAAUCGAUAAAUUAGAUGUAAAUGUAUUACAUGUAAUCAUUGUCAUGCUGUGUUUAAUAUGUUAGCUGUUAUUGUAUAUAAUUAGUUUUUGUAAACGACUAACACCCCCAUCCCUCAGGACUCAGAAAUGUUAAGUCCAUGGUGCUUAAGAAUGAAAUCAAAAUUAAUUUAAAUAUUUUUCUUUUUGUAUUAAACUUUUCAUGAAACUAAAAAUAUAGCAACUUUUCA